CCUAUGUUCCCUUCCUUCCCCCUUUUGCUGUCUACACCAAAGAUUUCAUCUUUCCUCUGCCGCCCCUUUCAAAACUCUCUCUUUUCCCUCCACCACUUUGAUCUCUCUCUCUCUCUCUCUCUCUCUUUCUCUUCUCUCAUUUUCCCACUGUGAUUUCCUGCGCCAGCCUUCUGCACUUCUUCUCUUUCUCUUGUUUGUGCUCAGCCUUUGCCGUGGAGAAGGGAGGGGUAUAUUCGGACAUGGGCAAGUACAUAAGGAAGGCCAAGGUCUCCGGCGAGGUGGCGGUCAUGGAGGUUUCCCAUCAGUCUUCCCUCGGCGUCCGCACACGCGCACGGACCAUGGCCGCGGCCGCCGCACAGGACUCCUCCCGCGGCUACCUCGAGCUCCGGAGCCGUCGCCUUGAGAAGCCCCUCCCGCCGCCUUCGGUAUGCAAGCCGUCCAAGGACACCCCGAGGCCCGACCCUAACCCUAACUCCGAACCCAACCCUAGAGUGAGCUCCCAGAAGUCUAGCUCUAGUUCGAUAGCUUAUUCGGGGCCGUUGGGGUCCGUCUCGACGAUGAGAUGCUCGGCGGCGGAUGCGGAGGUGUCGUUCGGGGAGAAUAUUCUCGAGGCCGAUGUGCUGGACAGGUUCUCUAGGGAGACCACACCUUGCAGUCUGAUCAGGGAUCCAGAAGCGAUACAGACUCCAGGUUCUACAAACAGGCCUGCCGGAUCUAUGGCCACUAGCCUGAGGCCGCAAAGUGUUUGUCAUAACAUUCCUACUGCUCAGGAGUUGGAAGAGUUUUUUGCAGGGGCAGAGCAACUCCAACAACGAAUAUUUAUAGAAAGGUACAACUUUGAUCCUGUAAAUGACUGCCCACUUCCUGGUCGAUAUGAAUGGGUGAAAGUUGACUUCUAGAUAGCAGAUCUUUAGCUGGGUGUGGCUCCUUUCGUGCAUCUUCUCCCAUACCCUCUGCCCAGAAUUUUCAAAGGAGGGCAGGGCUUCAAAACAAUCACUAUCAGUUUUCUUCUGUUGUAAAAGUUCAAAGGUCCUAAAAAUAGGUGUAGUAUAGUGUUGUGUAACAUAUAGAGCUGAUGAGAACUCUGAACCUUGGCAGCUUUAAAAUUGUUGUAACUUGUUUAACAGAUCAUUUCAAAGGAUCAUAGAAGUCAAUCAUCUGUGUAUUUGUGACUAAGAACUGUGAGUACACAGUGCUGCAUCUAGUCUACUUGAUGGGCCUAAUAAGCUAAUGGUGGUGAAACAAACAUGGUCAAGGCUGAUCUCCAUGGUGAAACAAACCUUUUUCUCCUACACCCAGAUGCAGUUCACUGCACUCCUAAGUUUCUUUUUGGGCUUUCACAAGAUCAUGCUGUUUGAUUUUGUUAUUUUGCUACCUGAUUGUAGUCAAAUAGAUGUUCCUUAGCUGUGAUUCAGUUUUCAAAUAGCACCAAAAAGUGAAGGCCAUAAACUCUUGAGCAUUCAAAUUCUCACC